AAAACCUCCUGGGAGUAGUAGUUCCACGGCGGUCAACCCUUGCAUCGCUGGUGGAUACGGAACUACAACUCCCAGCGCGACCCGGAAGCAGCCUGGGCGGAGGAGCGGUUGUCGUUGUUGUGGCCCGAGGUCUUGGGCCUGAAUCUGGACAAUGCUGCUGGCGCCCCAGGAAAGGUCCUCCUCAAAGAAGAUAGGGCAGAGUCGCUGGAAACGAUUCGCAAGGAAGCCGAAUCCCAAGUCUGCUUUUGACCAGGACCAUGUGGAAUACUGGAUUGAGGGAGUGGAGAAAGCCUCAGAAUUUACUUUUUCAAAUGCAUUUCCUAUCAGAAAUUCAGAUUUACCUGGAAGUCUUUGGAGGCAAACAAUAAAUUUGGAAACAUGUGAGCAAACAGAGGAUCAUGAUGAUGUCUAUGCAGAAGCUCAGGAGUUAGUCAACGACUGGUUAGAUUACAAACUUAAACAAGAAUUAGCAAGUGAUGGAGAAGAUGAUACUGACACUGUGCCAGAAGCCAGUGGGCAUUUGAAAUACGACAAGUUUGAUGAUUUGUGUGGCUAUUUGGAGGAAGAAGUGGAAAGUACCACUGUUCAAAAAUUUAUAGACCAUCUGCUCCAUAAAGAAGUGGUAAAUUCUGUGAUGGUGGAAGAUCUUGGAAUGAAGGAAAACCAAGGCAAGAGGCAGCAGAAGGAUCCUCGUCUUACCAUGGAGAUGAGACAUAAGCAGGUAAGAGAAAAUCUCUUAAGACGUGAGAAACAGCUAGAGUUCCAGAGAAUGGAAAAUGCCCUGAAAAAAUCAGCCUUCCUAGAGGCUCAGUGUCUAGUGCAAGAAGAGAAGAGAAGGAAGGCUCUGGAGGCCAAGAGAAGAAAGGAGGUGAUUCAGAGGGAGAUGGUAAAGCUGCGGAGGGAGAUCCUUGAGAGGAGGCGCACCGUGGAAGAAGCAUGGAAAAUAGAAAAGAGAAGGCAAGAAGAGAGUUCUCAAAAGAAGCUAGAGAAAGGAAUGUUUGAAAGUGCUCAUAUUCAUCUGGAUGAAGAAAAAGUUGCAAAAGAAAGAAAAAGGAAACUGAAAAAGAUAUUAAUCCAGACUUUCAAGGAAAAUCAUCAGUGUCAAAAACGGUAUUUCUCUGCCUGGCACAAGCUGAUUCUGGAUCAUAGGAUUAAGCUGGGGAAGGCUGGAACCUUGUCUGACUGGAAGCUUCAGCUGAAGGUCCUGCGAGCCUGGAGAGACCAUACAAGAUCCCAGAAGUUGGAGCGGGAGACCAAAGCCUUGGAGAAUGAACUUAGGGAAGAAAACAGAAAACAACAAUUGGCCACUGAGUAUAACCGGAAACAAAUACUUCAACACUACUUUGCCGAAUGGCAGCAUUGGUGUGGUUCGGAAGUUGUAAAGAGGGAGCUGGCUCUAGCAAAGGAGCAGACUAGGAAGAAAAUGGAUGAGCUGCUGAAGGCAGCCUCUCUCAGGAAACUCAGUUCCAGUGGAUCAUCAAGUGCUUAUCUACUUGCUGAGACAACAGCCAUGGUGGGUCCAUCAGUAGAAAGUGAAAAGGUCACUACCAUGCCCUCUUUGUGGGAAAAGCCACCAGUCGGGAGCAGUGGUUGUAUUCUCAGUCAUUCCCCAGGAAGAACAACAAAGGGUAAUAAUGUUCAGUGUCCCCUUCAGAAUGUCUCUGGAAACAUACCUGACAGAAAGCAGCACGAGACCCUAGAUAUGGAAAUCUUUCAACAAUCAGGUGGUGAUGAGAAGCCCACAAGGACUAGCUGGGAAGCAGAGCCUGGCUGCAUGGAGCAUUUCUGCAGCUGCCACAUCUUCCAGCAACAGCUGAUCAUGCAGCAGCAGAAGAAACUUCAGGAACAACAGAAAACCAUUCUGGAGCUAAGAGAAAACCAGCGGCUGGCAGAGGCCCAGUGGGCAGCUGAGCAAGCCACAGCAGUCAUGGAUGCACGGAGUCACCAUCUGUCAAAUCCCAGAGAUGCAGAGGACCCACCGGGAACCUGCCAGAAGCUUCAAAAUUCAUCUGUUUCUUCUCCUAGAGCUGAAGAUACUAGAAAUGAUUCCCGAAAUUCUCUUUCUGCACCUAAAAGGAACCCAAAGCAGCUGGCAGCACCACAUCCCAUACUGAAAGCCAUGGAAGAGAGAGCAGUUCAACGAGCCGAACGUAGGAGGAUCUUGGCAGAAAGGAAGAAAAAACAAGAAGAAGACAAAUUGGCCCAAUUAAAAGCCCAAGAGGAGGAACGUCAAAAGAAAGAGGCAGAAGAAAAGGAAGCUCAACGUGAGAGAAAACGAGAAGAAAAGAGGCUGAAACAAAUGCAAGAACUAGAAAAACAGAAGAGAAUUAAGAGAAACCGAGAGUUGGAAGCAGUAGCCAAGGAGCACUAUGAAAAGGUCUUGUUAAGAAAAAAAGGUCUCGAACCCUGGAAAAGACUAAGAAUGCAAAGCAGGCAAAACACUGAGGUAGCAGAAGAACACUACUCUUUGGCUCUACAGAGAAAAUAUCUGCUCAGCUGGUUCGAAUACAGCCAGCAAAGUCUGGCUACAAAGAUAGCCAAGGCUGACCAACUUUAUUCCCAGAUCUUGCUCAGGAGAGUUAUGCGGAGCUGGCUACAGUAUGUCACUAACAUGGAGAAAGAAGUAAGAAAAUUAUGUGUAGACUUACUGCAGAAGAAGUUUUUCCGGGCAUGGUUUACCAUGGUCAGGGAGCUGACGACUGAUUCCCAGAGCAAGUUCAAAAUUGCAGUGGAGCAUUGUGACAGGAAGAUUCUCAGUGUCACAUUUCAGAAGUGGAAGGCGUUUGUAAAGCUUAUGAAAGAGGAAAGAGUGAAAGAAGAAAGGCGAGAUCAACUCCGUCGGAAGGUUGCUGAGAUUCUUCCAGACUUCCAAAUGCUGGCUCCACUAUGACUGUCAUUUGUACCAGCAACUAGGUAACGAGUCUUUCAAGUGCCAGGAUGUGUGUGGUUAUCUCCAUCCACACACCCAUACUUGUACCUGGAUUACUUUCUGAAAUGUCAUGGACCAGUGGAAUUAUUUUGGGAAUUUGUUCUUCAUUUCUCUCAAGUUGCUAGGCAUUCACUAUAACAUUUAUCAGAGUGGGUCAUCCAAAAGAACAAUCCAGAGCACCACUGUUCCAAUGUAUUUUAUAUAUUUUUAGCAUAAUAAACUUUUAAAAAGACAA